AUGGUAGAUUCUACUCUAUUCACUGUAAGGCCAUUGCCUCCUACGACUUCUUUGGAUGGCGCCUUCAGAGUGCACCUCACAGCAAAAGACCUGGAUCUACUCGGACUGAAACUGGGCGAACUUUGUACUCUACAUUCUGGCGAUGGCGCAUCCGCAGUCGGUAUCGCUUGGAGGUCCAUGGACACAAGUGUAAAGCCUCAACUUCACCCUGUCAAAUUGUCGGAGGCUAUGCGCGAUGCGUUUGGCUUUAAACUUGGUAGCCAAAUCACCAUUGAAAAAAUCAACGCAAAAAUUGCCCACGCCGAUCGUGUUGUUGUCAUCGAUGUUUCUGACAGCGAGAAAAUCGAUCUUACCAAGGAUGAUAGAAGCUGGAAAUGGCGUUGUGGUAUGGCUCUGGGCAACGUUGAGGCAAUCACUACUGGGGUGGCUUUUGAGGCCUCAUCUCGUAAAGGACUGAGGAAGCGCUUUCUCAUUGAGCACAUCGAAUCGAGCGAGGCCAACAAGACGCCGGCUUUGUACUUGUUCGACGACAGAAGUCAGAUUGUUCUUCAAGAUGAAGCAUCUGCUGUGACACCUGAGGCACCUAUGCCCCGUUCGAUGGCCGUGACACCAGAAGGAAUCGGUGGUCUAAACAAGCAAAUUGAACUCCUCAACAAGCGUCUCUCACGAUUGAUUGGUGAUAUUAGAGGAAAGAGGUUGCCACCUCAGGUCCAACGCAAUGGAGGCAUUCUUCUCUAUGGUCCCGAAGGAACUGGCAAGACAUUGCUACUCAACCAUCUAUCUGAACAAGCACCCUGGAAGAAGGUUGUCAGAAUUGAUCAGAGCGCGUUAGCCGGAACAUCUAGCAAGAACCAACAAUCCGUACGCAAUCUUUUCGCUGAAGCAGUGGCUCAUCAACCCAGUCUGGUCAUCAUGGACAACCUCGAAGCAAUUGCCGGUACACAACAACGUGAUUUUACCGCAAGCAACCUCGCUCCCGCUUUGGUCGCCGAACUUGACAGACUGCGAAACACACACGUCUUGGUCGUGGCUGCAGCACACAAUCCUAAUGACAUUGACAAAUCUUUGCGCACACCUGGUCGUCUUCGCUACGAGAUCGAGAUACCCAUUCCUGAUAUGAGAGCAAGAAUUCAGAUCCUCAAGGUCAUGCAAGGAGAAACUGGUACUGCUGAGCUUGCCGAGACUAUCGGAGAGCGCACGCACGGUUUUGUCGGACAGGAUCUCGAAGCACUAUUCAACAACGCCCUUGAGCAUGCUCUUGACAGAUAUCAGGAGACAACCACAAACUGGCUUCCUAUUCAGCGCUAUGGCGAUGAUGAUGAAUCUCAACGAACUCUGGUCAACGGCAUGCAAGACUGCAGCAUUGUUGACAGACCUCGCACAUCUGAUACUGACGACACGGAUGACGGUGAUCUCCAGGUAACACUUGCCGAUUACGAGAAAGCUCUGCUGGAAGUCCGCCCGACGGCCAUGCGUGAGAUCUUCCUUGAAACACCCAAGGUACUGUGGUCAGACAUUGGAGGUUCAGGUGAUGUGAAGAAGACACUGAACGAGGUCGUGGAAUGGCCUCUCAAGUUCGAACAGCACAUGCAGGCUUUGAGCUUGACUCCCCAGAAGGGUAUCUUAUUCUACGGACCCCCUGGAUGUUCCAAGACUUUGACAGCCAAAGCUGUUGCAACCGAGUCUGGUCUCAACUUCAUCGCUGUCAAGGGCGCUGAACUUACUUCCAUGUAUGUUGGAGAGUCUGAACGCUCGGUCCGCGAAGUGUUCCGUAAGGCUCGCGCCGCUGCUCCUAGCAUCAUCUUCUUCGAUGAGAUUGACUCUAUUGGCUCGGAGCGUGACUCAUCCGGUACCAAAGGCUUGAAUGUGCUUACCACUCUGCUCAACGAGAUGGAUGGUAUCGAGAGUCUCAAGGGCGUACUCGUCUUAGCGGCUACCAACAAGCCUGAAGUGUUGGACCCUGCUCUCUUACGCCCUGGUCGCUUCGACAGUCUCAUCUACAUCUCACCACCAUCGCAGUCAGCCCGUAAGGAGAUCCUGCGCAUUCGCACCAACAAUGUACCACUGGCCGAUGACGUGGAUAUCGACGAUCUGUCUAUUCGCACAGAAGGAUUCUCAGGAGCCGAAAUUGUGGAGAUCUGCUUGAAUGCCAGUCGUGCUGCUAUGCGUAGAAGAGUUGCAAUUGUCACCUCGGACAACAACGCUUCAGACAUCGGAGAGCAGAUGAAGGUCUCAAAGGACGACUUUGACGUUGCGCUGUCGACUGCAGUACGCAGAAUCACUCCAGAGAUGACUGAAGGUUACGAGCACUGGCGUGAUGGACUUACCAAGAAGCUCUAG